GUUUGAGUUCUUCUGAACCGCAACAUACCGAGACCUCACUCAAAGUUGCAGCGAGAUCUGAAGUAUCCCCUACAAAAGUUAACAUGUAUCAAUAUACGGGACAAAAAUGACAAAUAAACACAUCGAUCAACCAUCCACUUCCAAGCUAUAUGACACCUGGAAAGAAACCUGGGAUCCGCUACUUGUGAAAGAGUUCAAAAAUGCUUUGGUGCCACUGCUGAUGCCAUAAUGAGAACCUACACCCGCGGGGCACCAACAGUGUUUUUCAUACAUUUGAUCUGCUCCUUGUUGGCCCUUCCAGUUGAUGAAAACCAUGGUGCUGGAAUUCCCUUCCAAAAUGGAAAUUAUGAUGGCCACCCCAUGCUUUACUUCAAUAAGGGAGAGGUGGGGGACCUGCAACUUAAAGCUAAGGGCACCCACCGACACAUAGCAAGCAAGAUCCAGGAGGCUGGGCAGACCAUGCUGGCUAACCCGAAGGAAUACCUCCCUCCCUGGGAACCCGCAGACUUUAGUGCUCGAUGGAAUGAGAUCUACGGAAACAACCUUGGGGUGCUGUCCAUGUUCUGUGUGCUUUAUCCGGAGACCACAGGGGCGUUGGACCUGGCUAAAGACUACAUGGAGAGGAUGGCAGCACAGCCUAGUUGGUUGGUAAAAGAUGCUCCUUGGGAUGAAGUACCUUUAGCUCACUCGCUUGUUGGAUUUUCUACUGCAUACGACUUUCUGUACAACUACCUGAGCAAGUCCCAGCAGGAGAGGUUUCUGGAGGUGAUUGCCAAUGCCUCCAGAUACAUGUAUGACAAGUCGUACAGCCGAGGAUGGGGGUUUCAGUAUCUGCACAAUCACCAACCUACUAACUGCGUGGCACUAUUGACAGGAAGCCUUGUACUAAUGAACCAAGGUUACCUUCAGGAAGCCUACUUGUGGACCAAGCAAGUUUUUGCAAUAAUAGAGAAGUCACUGGUACUCCUGCAAGAUGUAACUGAUGGAUCCUUGUAUGAAGGAGUGGCUUAUGGGACCUACACCACCAGAUCCCUCUUUCAGUACAUGUUCCUGGUCCAGAGACACUUUGAUAUCAGCCACUUCGACCACCCCUGGAUCAAACAGCACUUUGCCUUCAUGUAUAGAACUAUCUUGCCAGGCUUUCAAAGGAGUGUGGCCAUUGCAGACUCCAACUACAACUGGUUCUACGGUCCCGAGAGUCAGCUGGUAUUCAUGGAUAAUUACAUCAUGCGCAAUGGAAGCGGGAACUGGCUGGCACAGAUGAUCCGUCAGAAUCGAGUGGUGGAAGGGCCCGGGUUGGCAGGGAAGGGCCAGCGCUGGUGCACACUUCACACCGAGUUCCUCUGGUAUAAUGCCUCUUUGGCCCCAACGCCCCCUCCAGAUUUCAAAAGAUCAAGACUGCACUUCUUUGAAGAUUGGGGAGUUGUUACUUAUGGAAGCUCACUACCAGCUCAAAUCAACAAUACCUUCUUGUCCUUCAAAUCAGGAAAGCUGGGGGGGCGUGCUAUAUUUGACAUUGUACACCACAACAAAUACAAAGAGUGGAUCAAAGGGUGGAGGAACUUCAAUGCUGGUCACGAACACCCAGACCAGAACUCCUUUACAUUCGCACCCAACGGCGUGCCUUUCAUAACUGAAGCCCUGUAUGGGCCAAAGUAUACUUUCCUCAACAACGCCUUGAUGUUUUCCCCUGCUAUUUCCGAGAGCUGCUUUGCACCAUGGGAAGGCCAGGUGACUGAAGCCUGCAAUUCCAAGUGGCUCAAGUAUAAACAUGGACUUGCUGGGGACUCACAGGGCAGGGUGCUGGCAGCUCUGGAGAGGAAAGGAAUGGUAUUUAUUCGAGGCGAGGGAAUGAGUGCCUACAACCCUGCGCUGAAGAUAAGGAGCGUGCAGAGGAACCUGCUUCUUCUGCACCCUCAGCUGUUGCUCCUGGUGGAUCAAAUACACUUAGAGGAAGACAGCCCCGUUGAAUCAGCCAGCUCUUACUUUCACAAUUCUGAUAUGCCCUUUGAGGAGACAGCAAUAGAAGGGGUCCAUGGAGCCUUUAUUAGACAUAAGGAUGGAUUGUAUAAAAUGUUCUGGAUGGAUGACACUGGCUACAGUGAUAAAGGGGUUCUGGGGUACAGUGGCUAUCCACAUGGCUACCCAUACAAUGGAUCUAACUAUGUGAAUGUGACUAUGCCACUGAGAAACCCAAUAACCAGGGUGGCAUACAUUUUUUUUGGACCCGAUGUGGACGUUCAGAGUUUCAGUAUUCGUGGGGAUGCACAACGAGUGGACAUUUAUUUGGUGGCAAAUGAUCGCACAUACACAGUAUACCUUCUCACAGGGGAAGUGGCCAGCAAGCCACUCUUUGCCAUGGUGCUCGCUGACCGUCAAAAGAUUGUCUUUGAGAGGGCAGCAGGAGUCAAGGAUGCCCCGCCUCCAGAGGUGAGCCACUAUUUGGGCCUGGUUGAAGACAAUCUCCAACAUGUCAAACCCGUCUUCCAGCAGCUCGAAAAGCAGAUCCUGGCCCGUGUUCUGAACACUGACAAUUUCAGGAAAACAGCAGAGCGCCUCCUGCAGUUUUCAGACAAGAAGAAAACUGAAGAACUCAUUGAGAAAAUGUUUACACUCUCCCAGAAACAAGGCAAAGCGAAAAAUGCUAGAAAAGGAAGUCUAACAAACAGACUUUCAGACAGCCUGCCUGACAUUUUUGCUCAAAUUGAGUUGGCCGAAAAGAAGGAGAGACAAAAAAGCAGGACAAAGGUAUUUGAAGAAAACCCAGAAGGGGAAGGGGAUGCAAGAGAUUUUCUGGACUAUAGUGACCUUCGCCGUGCAAAAGGCAGAAAGGUUGGGUAUGUAAAAAGUCGUAGAUAUAAAGAAGUUCUGAUGGAUUCCAUUGUGAGAAGCACUGAGCCCACAAUCUCAGCUUCCUACAUCAGGCUCUUCCUGAUUUUGAAUACUGCCACAUUUUUUAUGUUGUUGACAUUACUGUUGACUCGAUUUCAGAAGACCCAAAAUCUGCACACACAGAGAUGCUUCUAUGCAAUCCUUUUAACAGACUGCUUUAUCUUGCUGUGUUUAUAUUCCUCAUGUUCACAAGCACAGUGUUAAAUUGCAGUCUAUGUCGUGCAGAAGAAUCUUUACAGAGUAACCGUGGAAAAGUGGCACCCUAAGCCAAACGUAAAUUAUGUGGAGCAUGGAAAAAACAUAUAAUGAAAUUGUUAGGCUUUCAGUGUUAAAUUGGUCUAUGCAAAACAUUAAUGUAUUUAUCAAUAAGACUUAAGAAUUGUACAUAGGUGUCAAAUUAGAUAUAUUUUUUUCAGAGGAAAUUUGAUAAACCUUUUUAAAAAAGCAAUAUUUAAUCGUAAAGCUUUCACAGUUUAAGUCUGCCUGCUAUUGAUUUUUUUUUUUUUCCUGGAAUAAUUUUAAGUAAGUUAAGCAGGCAAAUCUCUUUAACCAAACAGUUAAUCAGAGAAAGCAACCAGUCAGUCUAGAAAAAUAAAAACAUACAUUUAAAUGCAUUUUCUGCUUUGAGUUCUCUCCUCCACCUUCCUCCUCACUUUUAGCCCCAGUUGUGGGGCUGACAGCUGUCCUAUCUCCCUAGUAUCUGAGGUAAUGCCAUGGAUUUAAAUUGGGGCUAUACCAGGAUGCUCGGAGCAAUGCUGAAUACCAAGUCAACACUGUCCAUAAACAUUGCAUUAUAUUGUUGGCCUUCCAGUCCGAGAAUGUAGGAGGCUGUGUGGUCCAGUGGUUAAAGAAACAGGCUUGUAACCAGGAGGUCCUCGGUUCAAAUCCCAUCUCAGUCCCUGACUCAUUGUGUGACCCUGAGCAAGUCACUUAACCUCCUUGUGCUCCGUCUUUCGGGUGAGAUGUAAUUGUAAGUGACUCUGCAGCUGAUGCAUAGUUCACACACCCUAGUCUCUGUAAGUCGCCUUGGGUAAAGGUGUCUGCUAAAUAACAAAUAAUAAUAAUAAUGUAGCAACGAUGUUGUGUUAACCCAUUUGGGCAAUGGGUACAAUGGCAUUUGCAGUAAAGAAACCGCAUUUCUUCGGAUUUAAGAUGCAGCCCAAAUUUCCAACCCUCAAUUAAAAAAUCAAAUAAAGAUGCAUUUACGACGCAUUGAGACAGGGAGGUGUCACUGUUUCAGCUGCGCUGCUGCUGUUGUGGAGCUGAGCUGAUCAGUUCGAGGCUACUGCACCACGGCCGUAGCUGCUCAGGCAGGUGCUGAGUGAAAGCUUGCUUUGUUUACAUCGACGAGGAGAGUGUCCGCUCUGAAGGAUAACAACUACGGAACCCUUUGUGUCUUAAAUUCGAAGGAAUAUGGUAUAUAUAUAUAUAUAUAUAUAUAUAUACACACACACACACACACACACACACACAGUAUUUCAAUAAGGAAGUAAGAAAUAUAUUCAACAAACAAGAACAUUUGUAAACCUUAGUUCUGUGUUGGAUUACCUGUAUAUUAUCAGGUUUACCUUUUUAAUUAGUUUAUUAAAGGGUUUAUCUCAAAUAAACUUUCCUUUCACAAAUAACUGUUCAGCCAUAAAAUAUUAAUACAAUGAUUGUCAACCUUGAUUUGGGUGUCAUAUUUGGCAUCACUGACGAACUACGUUCAACUCAAAUACAAAAGGUUGCUAUAGGACCUUUUCAGAAUAUGAUCGUACAUUCCACCCUGGCAUUGUUUUAGCAAUGGUACCAAAUGUCCGUCCCCUUCUUUUUUUCAUGACUGAACUUAAAACACUUAUUUGGCGUUUUUAAUCAUGCUUGGAAAUGUGAUAUACUUCAUUCACUUGACAGUGAAACAAUAAAAUAUGUGCUCCUUGA